UCGGCUUUUUCUUCAGCAUGAACCACAGAAGAAGAAGGAAGGAGGCGGAGUGUCACGUUAGUUAGUAGUUAGAAGUAGGAGUUGGUUUCUUUUCUACCGCAGACAAGCAGCAGGUUGUCAGCGUUUGUGUCUCCAAAAUGAACGGUUUAGACGAGGAACCAAUGGCACCACAGACUUUCCUUUACGGCUGCAUGCUGGAAGCUGGGAAGGAGGUGGUUUUCAAUCCUGAGGAAGAUGACUUUGAGCAUCAGCUGGAUUUGAGGAUGGCCUGUGUGGACCCCAGCACAAAAGAUGAACUUCACAUGGUGGAGGUGGAAGGACAAGACUCUGAGGGUCAGAAAAUCAAGGCCGCCCUGGUCUCACUUAAGCCGUCUACACUGCCAAGUGUGUGUCUCGGUGGUUUCACGAUCACACCCCCAGCAGUUUUUCGUCUGAAGGCCGGUUCUGGUCCAAUCCACAUCAGUGGACAACACCUUGUCAUGAUGGAGGCUGAUCAGUCUUUUGAUGAGGAUGAUGAUGACGAAGAUGAGGAAGAGGAAGAAGAUGUCAAAACAUCAAAGAAAAGACCUGCCUCCUCCCCUGCCGUCAAGUCUCAGAAAAAAAUGAAAAUGGACAUAGAGGCGGAGGAUGAUGAGGACGACGAUGAGGAUGAUGAUGAUGAUGAUGACGAGGAUGAUGAAGAGGAUGAUGAGGAUGAGGAAGAAGAGUCUCCUGUUAAGGCCAAGCCAAAACCAUCCAAACAGCAAACCCCUGCUCAGAAUGGCAAGAGUUCUAAGCCCAGCACUCCAGCCCAAAAGCAGGAAAAGACCCCUAAAGGUAAAGGUGACAAGGCUAAAACCCCACCAACUCCUAAAGCAACUUUAACACUUCCUGAGAUUAAAGCCAAGAUGAUGGAGUCAGUGAAAAAGGGAAUAACUUUACCUAAACUCCAGCCCAGGUUUGAAAACUUUGUGAAGCAUGGCUAUAAAGUCUCUGAGGCACAGGUUAUUGCUGAGCUGUGGAAGUGGAGACAGACAGUGAAGGAUGCUAAAUAACAGCCUCUGUAGUUUUAUUGCCUCUUUUAAUGACUUCAUACCCAUCACAACUCUCAAACCCUCUGAAGCCAAACUCUGUGCCUCACACUUCAUUAAUUCUAAGUCUAGUCCAGCUUUACCUGCCCUCCUGUACGAAGAGGCUAGAGACAUUUCAUUGUCCUUCCUCCUCCAUCCUUAAGGCAGGGAAAGUUUUUGGUUUGUUGAAUAAACCCUGGGAGAGCCAACUUAAAAAUUUGCAUCUUUGUAAAUGUGUAAAUGAAAUACUGGCCAGUUGGCACCUGCGUAUGGAGGAUAUCUUUGUGUUUUUAUACAUGUAUAAAGUGUAAAGGCUGAUUUGAUGUCAUGCACGAACGACAAAGUGCACCAGAUUAUUCCACACACUUGAAAGCACAUGCAAGACUAAGAACAAAACAGCUCAAGAAAUCUCACAUCUCCUUUCAACAGCCAAUAAAACAUGGGCUAAUGUUGACUACGGUCUAAUCUUCUGCCAGCUUUGGCAAACAUCUGCAGAAAUGGUCACAAUAUUGAUACUGACUGAGCAAUAUUGAUUUGUCUAGUAACAACAUGAACAUGAAAAUUUUGCACUUUUUGAAAUGCUUUGAAUGUUUUUACUGUUGUGAGAUUCCUAAGGUAAAGAUCCGUGACAACAAAUUGUCCACUUAGUUUAGGCUUGAAGCAUUGUAUCAAAAUUCAAAUUUUUGUUCGUAACUAUCCAAAUAAUUUUACCGUCCGGAAAUCAAUUUUGUAUUAAGCAUCAAGGUGCAUCAGCCUUUGAGCAGCACAAAUGAAGCAGCGUAUACAUUUCAGAUCGAGCUGUUUCACUUCUUUGUGUUAACAUUGACUGCUAAUAGCAAAGAGCCCACUUGUUACAUAUUUUCCAUGAGUAACAGAAUGCGGGAAGGAAUUUGCAAAUGAAUUAAAUGUUUUAUCCCCCCAGUCACAAGUUGCUUGUAACUCUCUAAACCAGGACUUGUAGGUGUCAGGUUCUAGGAAAUCCCUGUCUGUACUCAGGUUUAACAAAGCAAAAAAAUGUUGUGCUCAUUCACCAUUUGGAAUAAUAAAAUGUUGAUGCUUGAGGCCUCUUAUAGAAGAUCAUUCCAUGUUCUCAAGAAAGAAGUGUAAGUUUAUACCUUCAAAUAUGCUGUGGGUUUGGAUGAGCUAUCCCAAGAUUAAUUAAAUAAAAUGUGAAAGUUUUGCCGUUCUGUUUCUCUGCAAUGAAAAUAUUUGAGAAUUUUGCCCAUUAUGAAAAUAAAUAAAAUUAAACUGA